AAUAUGCAUGCAUGGGCUGGCCGGACUUAUACCGAAAGCAUCUCAUUUUAUAUUUUAAUAUGGAUACUGUCACUGAUAAUAUAAGACAGCGUGUUUCUCGGCUGAUUUCAGAUAUAGAAAGUGGGCUAGAGAUGAAUAUACCGGUAAAUCUUGAUACGAUCAACUACAGGCUCGACAGUCUGUGUAGAGAUUUACUACAUUUUCGCGAUGGCCUCCCGCGUUAUGCCUAUGGUGACAUUUCAAAUGCCCUGCUGUCUGCCAGACAAGUCUUGGAGUUAGAUGCCGCUGUAAUGAGCCAGGAAAGCGAAUCAACUGGAUCUCGUUUUCAGCCUGAUACAAAUCCAGCUGGGGGUGCAGGCGGAGUGGGAAGACCAAAAUUUGACAUCUCGGAGGAACAGAUUCGCUUCUUCGCAGGAGAAAUGAACUGUACAGUGAAAGAAAUUGCACAGUGUUUCAACGUCAGUGAGAGAACAAUCAAGCGGCGCCUCAAUACUAUUGGCUUAUCCAUCAGAAGACUUUACAGUGAAAUAGGAGAUCUUGAAUUGGAUGACAGAGUUUCCUUCAUUUUGCAAAAUAUGCCCAGGGCAGGAUACAAAACGGUGGAUGGAUAUCUGAUUUCACAAGGUCUAAGGGUGCAAAGACAGAGGAUCCGGGACAGUCUGUACAGACUAGAUCCAGAAAGACAAGAAUUGAGAACCAUAACUGCUGUACGAAGGAGGCAUUACUCUGUGGCAAUGCCCUUGUCACUUUGGCACAUAGAUGGACACCACAAACUGAUACGGUGGCGCUUUGUGACUCAUGGGGGAAUAGACGGAUAUAGUCGAGCUAUCGUCUUUCUAGGGUGCAGCUCCAAUAAUAGAGCUGGAACAGUGCUCGAACUCUUCAAGGAUGCGGUCUCCAAUUGGGGUUUGCCAUCUAGAGUGCGCUCUGACCACGGAGGGGAGAACACAGGAGUGGCGAUGUUCAUGCUAGACCACCCUCUCCGUGGUUCAGGAAGGGGUUCCUUCAUUACCGGCCGGAGCGUCCACAACUGCAGGAUAGAACGUCUGUGGCGUGACCUCCAUGAACAGGUGACAAGAACUUUCUAUAACUUGUUCAGGAGUUUUGAGAGUAGAGGCAUCCUAGAUCCUGAUAGCGAGCUGCACAUAUUCUGCCUUCAAGUGGUGUUCCUGCCUCGGAUUAACCACAGCAUCCGAUGCUUCACAGAAAUGUGGAACAACCAUAAGAUCCGAACAGCCGGCAACAAGACGCCAAUGCAGUUAUUUAUAAUGGGGCUGCAUAGCCAUAGAGGAACUGCACUCCUCAAUGAGCACUUUGAAAACUACUCAGAGGACGAAGCUGCCGAGUAUGGCAUUGAUCCCAAUGGUCACUACUUGGGAGGAGCAGAGAAUGAUGGAAGUGUCCAGAUUCCAUCUACUGUAUGCCCUCUUGCACUAACUGCAGACCAGAUGGACCACUUUAAUCAGCAAGUCAGAUUCCAUCCUAAUGACGUAAGUGUAUUCGAUGACACAGCCUACCUACAAGGGCUUGAGGUGCUUCAGAGUUUUAAUCAAGACUGAAAUAACUGCAUUGGCGUCUUGUUGCCGGCUGUUCGGAUCUUAUGGUGGUUCCACAUUUCUGUGAAGCAUCGCAUGCUGUGGUUAAUCCGAGGCAGGAACACUACCUGAAGGCAGAAUAGGUGCAGCUCGCUAUCAAACGUUCUAUCCUGCAGAUGAAGGAACCCCUGCCUGAACCAUGGAGAGGGUGGUCCAAUUUUAGGUUCUAAAAGGGCACUAGAAAUGUCAUAAAUAAGAAUUUGAGGAAUAACCCUGCACUUUGAAGGCAUUUGCAGUCUGAACUCGACUAUCCCGUUAAUCCUAGUCCAUGCUAUUCUUUUUAUUUGUUAUUUUUCUUUUGCGUGUUUAUAAAACUCUUGAACCUGUUUAUUUUGUAAACUUUUGUUACUAACCGUGUUUUAAUACAGAACUUGAAAAGCUAAUGCAUCUACUGCAACCCCGUCAGAAAGAUUAAGAGAGCCACACCAAAGUUCCACCCAUACAUCCUAGUCCAGCCAGUCAUAGAGGCCGUUGCAGCAAGCGAGUAUCCAACACAUAAUACUUCAGGCAGCUUAGAUGGAAUUACUGACCUGGAUUACAAAAUGGACAAUUAAGUCAAAGACAGCUACUGUAGUAUACACCUGUAUGUUCCAGGAUACGUGCUCGAGUUUAAGCAAUUUGAUAUCAUGCAGCAAAUGUCAUGAGAGAAUCAAGAAAAGAUGUGCAAUGUGGAUAUCAUAAAAGAUAAGAAUGCCCUCUUGCAGAAAGAGGAUAGUGAGCCAGGAGCGUCAUCUACCAGUGUUGUCUAUGGCAUUGACCCAACUGCAAAAUGGUUGGACAUCAUACAUCGAUCUCCAACUUCUGCAUUAGUUUAAAACGGAUCGAAUUCCCCUUUCUUCUGCAGCUUCACCUUCUUCCUGAUCACACUCUGUCGACUUUGUCCUGAACAGAAUGUGUUGGAAGCCUGACUUUGACUCAGAAUCUAGAUAAUUAUGCCAGUGCUAGCUUAUCAGCCCGCCAUCUUCUAUUUUUAUUGAAUGACAUGUGUUAAAAUCCAUGGGUAAAAACAUUUGCAUCUUUAUGGACGAAUGGUUAUUUAAAUGUAGAAAUUUUUAGAAUUUGAACACAACUAUAUUUUGUAUUGCAAAUAACAUUAUCCAAUUCAGAGUAGCAUGCGGUACAGUAGUGGGAUAGAAAAAAAAAUGAAUCGUGAGGGAAUGUGGAAAUAAAUGUACAAGUUGAUGACAAUUAAAAUGAUCGAUAUCAAGUGGAAAUGGAGUUUGG